GGCAUGGAAAGAAGUAAAGUCACGUUGUGAUUGAGAAUCGAGAAUGCAAACAAAUGUACUGUGUACUUACAUACACAAAUUAUUGGUGGUAGUCUUGAAGAGUAUAGCUGUAACCCUUACAAGAAUCAUGCCAUAACUAUUUGUCAGAAGUAUGGCUACAAGAAAGAUUCUGCAAUGUGUGCCUUCCAUCUUCCACCAAAAUAAUGUUACAUUCCUUCCAUCUGUCUCCAAUGGAUUACAUGUGCAUAGAUUCAGUGCUGCAACAUCCAAAGCCAUUGACCAAGAAAAGACAGAAGAAGAAAGCACCAGAUACAACCCCAUCCAUAUCCAGAUGUUAUCGAAAUCAUUGCAUCAACAAAUAUUCCGAGAAAAGUUUGGAGAAGUUUCAAACACAGAAUCACAAGAAAAAAAAAUAAACAAGAGUAUAAAACAUCUAAAACGACAUGGAUUAUGGGGAAAGCAAAGUACUCUCUUACCAGAGGUUGAUUUUCAACUUCCAGAGCUUUAUGGAGAUAAUAUAGAGGAUCACUUUAGAGUUUUGGCUCAGCAACAGAGUAAUACCUACCUUAUGUUAGCAGAAAGUUUAGCUGAGGCAAAGCUUCCAACAAUGCCAACUGAAUGGAUCAAAGAAUAUGGAUGGACUAAGUAUGAAUCUAAUGGUAGUACAAUGUCAGUUGCAUAUCCUGAAGAUAGAGCCCUUGUUUUUGAUGUUGAAGUUUGCAUGACAGAGGGAAAACUUCCAACCAUGGCAGUUGCUGUUUCACAGAAUGCAUGGUAUUCUUGGUGCAGUGAGCAAAUCACAGAAGAUAGAUUUUCAUGGGCUCAGAAGAUAGGCUUAAAAGAUUUGAUUCCUCUAGAUCAACAACAAUCUGAUGGAGAAUGGUUGCCAGGAGUUGUUAUUGGUCACAAUGUUAGUUUUGAUCGUGCACUUGUAAAAGAACAGUAUUUAAUGAAGGGUCCAAAAACUAGAUACCUUGAUACGAUGAGUUUUCACAUGGCAAUAUCAGGCUUAACAAGUUUUCAGAGAAUACUAUGGAAUUAUCAUAAAAAGAAUAAAAAUGUUGGAAAUCAAGACGUAAAAGAACACCUAAAAAAAAGUCAACAGCGACUGCAAGGUCCAUUGGUACAUGACUGGGUUGAAGUGAGUAGUCCCAAUAACCUUGGUGACGUAUAUAGUUUAUACUGCGAUGGUCUGGCUUUGGAUAAGACUGAAAGGAAAGUGUUUGUUACUGGUUCCAUUCAAGAUAUUCGACACCAAUUCCAGGAAUUAAUGAGUUACUGUGCCAGAGAUGUGAAAGCUACACAUGAAGUAUUUUCAAAAAUACUACCUAUGUAUUUUGAAAGGUUUCCUAAUCCUGUGACAUUUGCAGCCAUGUUAGAAAUGAGUCAAGUAUAUCUACCAGUCAAUAAUAACUGGCAACGCUAUCUCAAUGAAACUCAGGGUACUUACGAAGAUCUGCAGAAAGAGAUGAAGUUAUCAUUGAUGCACCUUGCUAAUGACUCGUGUGAAUUAUUGCACAAUGAUCGGUAUAAGAAAGACCCAUGGUUAUGGGAACUGGAUUGGUCAAGUACGGAACUGAAAAUGAAAAAAAUUAAAGGGAAAAGUAAAAAUGGCAAUAAUACACAGACUGAUGUUGGAGAAGUUACAAAUGAUGGUUUGUCUCAGAAAAGUCAAAGCAUGGUGAGCGCUGUUGAUAUGAAAGACAAUGAAGAUGAUUGCAACCAUGCUUUGAAUUUCAAGGAGGCUCCCUAUGGCCAGUCAGCUGAAAGUGUCAGGAGUUCUGAUGAGUUUGAAUUUGAUGAAAAUAGUGCUUAUGAGGAAUAUGCUGAAAAUUCUUUUCUUAGUACAGGAAAUGAAUGUGAUCAAACGAUUGAAAGUUUGCCAUUCAAUACACAGAAACGAUCUUAUUCCCAAGAUGCAUCAGUUUCUAAGCCAACUUUUAAAACUUCUGAACUGGUUGCUAUAGCUAGAAAGAGGAAGCGAGAAGAUGAAAAAAGACUUGAAGCUGAAAACCGCAUCAAUGAUAUUUUAGCAUCCAAGAACUUAUUAUAUAAACGUAAACAACAUAUGGUUGGUUAUCCAAACUGGUACAGAGAUUUAUGUCCAAGAUUCAAAGUAGAUUCAGAUUGGAAGCCUGGUCCUAGUUUGAUAACAUCACAAGUGCAGGUCACCCCAAAGCUAUUGAGAUUAACAUGGGAUGGUUUUCCACUUUAUCGUGAUGACAAGCAUGGAUGGGGAUAUCUGGUUCCAGGCAGACAACAUAAUAUGAGCAGAGACAAACAAGAUGCCACUUCACAAGGAGAUGCAGAAAGUGUUGACAAAAAAAUGGUUGAAUUUCCAAUUCGGUCUCUCAGAAAAUUGAUGAAAGAUAUUCCUAAAUUCUCUGAUAGUGAAAAAGAAGAUGAUCUUAUGACAGAAGAUGAAAUACUUUCAAAAAUUGAAGAACUUGGAAAUGGAAAUGGUAGUAAUUGGGACAAAGCUGAAAUUUCUCAGAAACGAUUAUGCCGUGAUUCUCCAUCAUGGCAUGUUGGUAAUGGACCACAUAAUGAUGUUGAUAUACCUGGUUGCUGGUUCUUUAAGAUGCCACAUAAGGAUGGAUCUCACAAGAAAGUUGGAAACCCGCUAGCCAAAGACUUUCUAUCUAAGAUGGAGGAUGGUACAUUGAGCUCAUUUGGUGGUGUUCAAGCCAAUAGAAUACUAGAAAUUAGCAAAAUGAUAUCAUUUUGGAGAAAUGCACAAGAUCGAAUAAGUUCACAGAUGGUAAUCUCACUUGAGAGAAGUGAACUUCCAAAGACAGUGACCAGACAUGUAGAAUAUGAUGAAGAUAACAACUAUGGUGCCAUUCUACCAAAAGUAGUUACUGCUGGUACAGUAACUAGAAGAAUGGUAGAACCAACAUGGCUAACAGCAAGUAAUGCGAGGCCUGACAGAGUAGGUAGUGAGUUGAAAGCUAUGGUACAAGCACCACCCGGGUAUCACUUUGUUGGUGCUGAUGUCGACUCACAGGAACUAUGGAUAGCAUCUUUGCUUGGUGAUGCCAGAUUUGCUGGAUUUCAUGGUUGUACAGCAUUUGGUUGGAUGAAUCUGCAGGGUAAUAAACUUGAAAGAACUGAUUUACACAGUAAAACAGCAGAUACCAUUGACAUCAGUAGGGAUCAAGCUAAGGUGUUCAACUAUGGGAGAAUCUAUGGUGCUGGUCAACCAUUUGCAGUCAGACUAUUAAUGCAGUUUAACCAUCGGAUGUCAGUUGAUGAAGCUAGAAGAAAAGCAUCCACAAUGUACAGUGCUACAAAAGGCAUUAAAAAAUACAAACUAAAAGAAGAUGUCAGAGAGAUUGUGAGAAAGCUGCUGUCAAAAAAGAAGCAGUCAAGAUGGAUAACAAAUGAGGAGUUGAGGACGUUAAGAAGAAGACUGAAAUACACCCUUGAAUACCAAUAUGUGGAGGAUAUAGAGAGUAAUAUACCACUGACGGAUCUACUAGACUACAGUUUUGACCUAACAGAAAAGAGAGAAUGGAAAGUUGGAAGUGAAUCAGAGAUGUUCAACCAACUUGAAAGCAUUGCCAUGAGUGAUGAGCCAAGAACACCUGUACUGGGUUGUAGAAUAAGCAGAGCCCUGGAACCAAUGUCAGUCAAUAAUGAGUUUCUUACUAGUCGCAUUAACUGGGUGGUUCAAAGCUCUGCUGUGGAUUAUCUUCACUUGAUGUUAGUCUGUAUGAGGUGGUUGUUGGACAAAUAUGAUAUCGAUGGAAGAUUUUCUAUCAGUAUACAUGAUGAAGUACGAUAUCUUGUUAAUAGUAAUGAUAAAUACCGAGCGGCCAUGGCAUUACAAAUCAGCAAUCUCCUUACUAGGUGUAUGUUUGCAUAUAAAUUGGGUAUGUUGGAUCUACCUCAGUCAGUGGCAUUUUUCAGUGCAGUUGAUAUCGAUACAGUAUUAAGAAAAGAGGUCAGCAUGGAUUGCAAAACUCCAUCAAAUCCACAUGGCUUAGAAAAAGGUUAUGGUAUACCUGAAGGUGAAGCCCUUGAUAUUUAUGAUGUCUUAAAGUUGACCAAUAAUGGAUCACUGGAAAAACCAAAAAUCAGAAAAUAAUGUCUAAUGAAUGAAGCAAAUAUUGUACACGUUUUAUUAACCUUAGUUGAAUAAAAGAAUACCAAAUGUUAGUUUUUGACUCCCGUGUGCGAAGCACAAAAGGGAGUCUUUGCUGUUACCCUGUCUGUAUGUCUGUAUGUCACUUUUUUUGUUCCACCGUUAUCUCAAGAACCACUAAUCAAAUUUUGGUGAAACUUGGUAUAUAGAUGCUCUGGGAUAAUGCG